CCUACACUCCACUCACUAGUAUUGCUUUGAGAUUUGGCCGUAGAAAGGAGUAAAUGAUCAAAACCACUCCAUGGUUGUUUCUUCUUGCUGUAAUAUUAAGCACCAUAACGUUCGUUCAGAGCAAUAAUAAUGUUUUGAGCAGAGACAGCUUUCCAAAGGGUUUUGUGUUUGGAACAUCAACAUCUGCAUACCAAGUAGAAGGUGCGGCUAGCAAGGAUGGUCGUGGACCUAGUGUUUGGGACACUUUCAUCAAACAGCCUGGACGUGAGCCCAAUAAUGCAAGUGGAGAGGUCUCUGCGGACCAGUACCACCGUUAUAAAGUAGAUAUUGAUCUAAUGGUGAAGCUGAACUUUGAUGCUUACCGUUUCUCAAUUUCAUGGUCCAGGAUUUUCCCAAAUGGAGCUGGAAAAAUUAACUGGAAGGGAGUUGCUUAUUACAACAGGUUGAUUGACUAUAUGCUCAAAAGAGGUAUUUCCCCAUAUGUUAAUCUUAAUCACUACGAUUUACCUCAAGCACUUCAAGAUAGAUACAAGGGAUGGUUGAGUCAUGAAGUCGUCAAAGAUUUUGCUGAUUAUGCAGAAUUUUGCUUCAAGACAUAUGGAGACAGAGUUAAGAAUUGGUUCUCAUUUAAUGAACCAAGAGUUGUUGCUGAUUUAGGGUAUGACACUGGAUUCUUUGCACCUGGAAGGUGCUCUAAAGCAUUUGGCAACUGCACAACAGGGGACUCUGCAACUGAGCCUUACAUUGUUGCACAUAAUAUGAUCUUAAGCCAUGCUGCUGCUGCUCAUAGAUACCGCGAAAAGUAUCAAGAGAAACAGAAAGGGAAAUUUGGGAUUAUCUUGGAUUUUGUCUGGUAUGAACCACUUACUAGGUCGAAAGCUGACAAUUGUGCAGCUCAAAGAGCAAUAGACUUUGAAUUGGGAUGGUUUUUCCAUCCUCUAGUAUAUGGAGAGUACCCAAAAACAAUGCAAAAUAUUGUUGGAAAUCGAUUACCCAAAUUCACAACAGAAGAGAUUGAGAAGGUCAAAGGAUCAAUUGAUUAUGUGGGCAUAAACCAUUAUACUACCUUCUAUACAUAUGAUCACCAGUUAUCCAAACCAAAAGCCCUUGCGUACCAGCAGGAUCAGAACUGUGGAUUUGCUUAUGAUCGCAAGGGAGUACCAAUUGGUCCUAGGGCAAAUUCGGAUUGGCUCUACAUUGUGCCUUGGGGUCUCUACAAAGCUGUCAACUAUGUAAAAGAACACUAUGGAAAUCCUACCAUUAUUCUAUCAGAAAAUGGUAUGGAUUAUGCAGGAAACAUUUCCCUUCAAGAUGCAUUGCAUGAUAUGAAAAGGAUUGAUUACUACAGAAGUUAUUUGGCCGAACUAAAGAAGGCUAUCGAUGAAGGAGCUAAUGUCAUAGGCUACUUUGCAUGGUCGUUGCUAGACAACUUUGAAUGGAGAUUAGGUUAUACUUCUAGAUUUGGUAUUAUCUAUGUUGAUUUCAGAACCCUUAAGCGGUAUCCAAAAAUGUCAGCCUAUUGGUUCAAGCAAUUACUUAAGCGCCAUAAGCAUUAAGCUCAGACAUUGCCCCUUUGUAUUGUAGCCUUUUCAUUAAAGGAGUUUAAUUUGCUUAUUUAGGAUAUGUCUGUUUAGAGUAAUCGUCACCCAUAAGUAGGUGUAACUCUGUUUAGAGGCUAGAGUUUCUAUUCCGGGGUAGAGUUCUAUAGAACAUCAUAUCUAUAUC